AUGUCUAUGAAGCUUUCAAGAGGAUACACCUUUUGGUUUGUUUCCGAAAGAGUUGAAAAUAAAGAUAAUUAUGUUAGUUAGCUUAAAAAAAUUGGAUCAUUUAGUGAUGUUGAUGAUUUUUGGAAAUAUUAUUAGCAUAUGGCAAGACCUGAUAAAUUACCAGAAGGUACUACUUUUUAUUGUUUUACCGAAGGAGUUAUGCCAAUGUGGGAAGACGCUGCAAAUGUUGGUGGAGGAAGAUUCUAAAUGAGAGUUAAAAUUAAAUAUUCUAACAGAUUUUGGGAAGAUUUACUUUUAGGAUUAAUUGGAAAUCAAUGCGAAUUCAAUAGCUACAUCAAUGGUAUUUCUCUUCAAGCAAAAGAUCCUUAGCACAUUGUUAUUUAAAUUUGGGUGAAAGAUAGAAAUAAAAACGAAUCUAUUGACACAGGUAUUAAAAACUUCAUAAUGAGUAUUUAUCAGUUGAAUGAAGAUUCAUCUAUCGAGUACAGAGAUUUUGCCAAGCAAAAAAAGUGA